AUGGCUAUUGAGUUCUAUUCUGAACAAAUUGGUUUACCGAAAACCGACCCAAAAUCAUGGAGGUUACGUACAGAUGAACUAGGUAGAGAGAGUUGGGAAUAUUUGAAGGAAGGGGAAGUGGAUUUAAAUGAUGAACAAUCGACCUACACUAAAUGGUUAUUGCAAGUCCCAGAUUUUCCAGCUCCAAACCCAGCCAUAAAUAGUGAAUCUGCAAAUUUCAAAGCUGAAAAUGCAUGUCACAAUGGUGCAUCUUUCUACAAAUUAUUGCAGGAUCCGACCUCAGGGAUGUUUCCUUGCCAAUAUAAGGGCCCAAUGUUCAUGGCCAUUGGUUAUAUUGCCGUCAAUUACAUCGCUGGCAUUGAAAUCCCUGAUCAUGAAAGAAUUGAAAUGAUAAGAUAUAUUGUGAACACUUCGCAUCCUGUCGAUGGAGGAUGGGGUUUACACUCCGUCGAUAAAAGUACUGUAUUUGGUACUGCAUUGAACUACGUUAACUUACGUCUAUUGGGUUUAUCAAAAGAUCAUCCAGUAUGUGUGAAAGCAAGAGACACUCUGAUGAGAUUAGGUGGUGCAAUCGGUGCACCACAUUGGGGUAAGAUUUGGUUAAGUGCCUUGAAUCUAUACAAAUGGGAAGGUGUUAAUCCUGCUCCACCUGAAACAUGGUUAUUACCAUAUUCUCUACCAAUCCAUCCGGGUAGAUGGUGGGUUCACACUAGAGGUGUUUAUAUUCCCGUUAGUUAUCUUUCUUUGACAAAGUAUACUUGUGAAUUAACACCCUUAUUAGCUGAAAUAAGAACUGAAAUUUAUACAAAAGAUUUUGAGAGUAUCGAUUUUUCCAAACACAGAAAUACAGUUUGCGGUGUUGAUCUUUACUACCCACAUUCUAAACUAUUGGAUGUUGCCAAUGAUUGUUUAGUAUUCUAUGAAAACUAUCUUAGACCAGAAUGGGUAUAUGAAAAGUCAAGAAAAUCUGUCUACGAAUUAAUUAAAAAAGAAAUUGAAAAUACUGAUUACCUUUGUAUUGCACCAGUUAACCAAGCGUUCUGUGCUUUGGUGACUCUUAUUGAAGAAGGAAAGAAUUCUAAACAAUUUGAAAGAUUCCAAUACAGAAUGAAAGAUGCUUUAUUCCAUGGUCCUCAAGGUAUGACAGUCAUGGGUACAAAUGGUACUCAGGUUUGGGAUUGUGCUUUCUUUAUUCAAUAUUAUUUUGUAGCCGGUUUAGCUGAAAAACCUGAAUUUUACGAUGCAAUUUCAGCUGCGUACAAGUUUUUAUGCCGCUCUCAAUUUGAUACAGAAUGUGAACCUGGAAGCUUUAGAGAUAAAAGGGUAGGUGCUUGGGGUUUUUCUACCAAAACGCAAGGUUACACAGUAUCUGAUUGUACUGCUGAAUCUAUUAAAGCUAUCAUUAUGGUUCGAAAUUCUCCAACAUUUGCAAAAAUUCAUAAUGAAUUUUCUGAUGAAAGACUCUACAAAGGUAUUGAUAUAUUGAUGAGCUUACAAAACUUGGGCUCAUUUGAAUACGGUUCAUUUGCAACUUAUGAAAAAAUUAAAGCGCCAUUAUUUAUGGAAGCAUUGAACCCAGCAGAAGUGUUUGGUAACAUCAUGGUUGAAUAUCCGUACGUUGAAUGUACCGAUUCCUCAGUCUUGGGUUUAACUUAUUUCCAUAAACAUUAUGACUAUAAAAAAGAGGAAAUUUCUAAGCGUAUUAAGCUUGCCAUUGAUUAUAUUAAGUCAUGUCAACAAAAAGAUGGCAGUUGGUAUGGUUGCUGGGGUAUUUGCUUUACAUAUGCUGGUAUGUUUGCAAUGGAAGCGUUAGAAACUGUUGGUGAAAACUACAAAAACUCGGAAGUAGUUCGUAAAGGUUGUGACUUUUUAGUGAAAAAGCAAAUGGAAGAUGGUGGAUGGAGUGAAUCUAUGAAAUCUAGUGAAUUACACACUUACGUUUCAAGCGAAAGAUCUUUGGUUGUUCAAACUGCAUGGGUUUUAAUAGCUUUAUUAUUGGCUAAAUAUCCGCAUAAGGAUGUUAUUGAUAGAGGUAUUCAACUUUUGAAGAGCAGGCAACAACCAUCAGGUGAAUGGAAAUUUGAAGAAGUGGAAGGUGUUUUUAAUCAUUCCUGUGCAAUUGAAUACCAAAGUUAUAGAUUUUUGUUCCCAAUUAAAGCAUUAGGCUUAUAUGUUAAAAAUUAUGGCAAUGAUUCCAUCUGA